AUGGCACCAGACGUAUCUGCAGCUACGGGCCUCGUGAUGACAGAUCGGUUGCGUCCAUACCAGGUCACACCAACAACCUACAUUGCCAACCACGCAUCCAACAUCCGCACCACCUCUCACAUCGUCGCUGCAGCUAUCGUAGUGCACUCAAACCGAAUUCUACUCCUCCAGCGCGCCCCGCACAAGUUCGUCCCUCUCACGUGGGAAGUUCCCGGCGGGAAGUGCGACCCGAGCGACGAGACCGUCGUUGCUGCCGCCAUUCGGGAGCUGCGCGAAGAAUCUGGACUGGUGGCGAGAAACGUCGUGGACGUGGUGAGGGCGUACCAGUGGAUUGACGCAGGGGAGGUCUGGGAGAAGGUCACGUUUCUGGUGGAAGUCGAGCGCGGCAGUUCCAAUGAGGGAGAGGAAGAGCCUACUGUCACGCUGGAAUUGUUUGAGCAUGCGGAUUUCGCUUGGGUAUCAAAGGUGGACGCGGUGGCGGAUCGGUGUGGAGAUAUACCGCUGGUCUGGACGAGCGCGGAGCAGAAGAAGGCUGUGUUGGAGGCUUUUGAGGUGGUUCGGGCUGGGGCUUAG